UGGGCUUCGAGCCCAACGCCACCAUGGCCACGGCGCACCACAUGCUGCUCUACGGCUGCUCCGAGCCGGGCAGCGCCAAGCCCGUGUGGAACUGCGGGGAGAUGGCGGCCGCCUCGGACGAGGCCGGGUACGAGGCCUCCAGCCCGUGCAAGCAGGGGACAGGGUCCGAGAUCGUGUACGCCUGGGCGCGAGACGCACCGACACUGAGCCUGCCCGAGGACGUGGGCUUCAAGGUGGGCGGCGACUCAGACAUCAAGUACCUCGUGCUGCAGGUCCACUACGCGCACAUCGACAAGUUCAAGGACGGCUCCACCGACGACUCCGGCAUCUUCCUCCACUACACCCAGCGGCCGCUGCCCCGCCUGGCCGGCGUCGUGCUGCUGGGCACGGGCGGCCGCAUCGCCCCCCACGCCGAGGAGCACAUGGAGACGUCGUGCGAGAUGCGCGAGCACAAAGUGGUGCACCCGUUCGCCUACCGCACGCACACGCACGCGCUGGGCAAGGUGGUGUCCGGGUACCGGGUGCGCUCCGACCGGCACGGCGAGGACCACUGGACGCUGCUGGGGAAGCGCGACCCACUCACGCCGCAGAUGUUCUACCCGGUGCUCAACAACGUCACCAUCCAGUACGGCGACAAGCUGGCCGCCCGCUGCACCAUGGAGAGCACGAGGGACGACUACACCAUGAUCGGGGCCACCAACAAGGACGAGAUGUGCAACUUCUACCUGAUGUACUGGGUGGAGGGCACCAAGCCGCUCGACGUCAAGUACUGCUUCACGGAAGGCCCGCCCCGGUACCACUGGGACUCGGCCCACUUCAACCACAUCCCGGACGAGGAGGCCUCGGCGAUAUAGGAGCACAACUAUGGGGGAGGGAAUGAAUGGGGUUGUGGGAUACAAGGAAAAAGGAAAAAGGAAAAAAAGGGGGAGAAUAGUGGGUGAAUGUCGUUUUGAAUGAGUGUGUGUUGAUAUGUUAUUUAACCAGUCAUUUCUGGGUGGGGUGGAAAGGAACCCGCCAAAAGUGCAUGUCUACAUACAACGCCCAUAUCAAUUAUCAGAAAAUUCAUGAGAGGGAUUUACGUGUGUUUAGUGAGGAAAAUGCAUCGUGGAAAUUGUCAAGAUGCAAUACUAAUUGUAAGAUAGCAUCCAAUUGUUUUUCAUCAUUUUUCUUUGUUUUUGUUUUUACUUCCCAGUACUUUAAAAACAAGAACUGUCAUCUUAUGAGAUGAAGACUUGGCAAAAAAUGAAUGGGAAGUCAUUUUUAUGCUUUUAAAAGUCAUUUCUUCCACUGAUUUUAAAACCAAACCGACAUUGUUAGUCAUUGAUUUAUUAAUAAGCUUAAGCUAAUGUUGUUGUUUUUCUUCAAAACUUUUAAAAAACAGAGAUAUACUAAAAUAAAUAUUUAUUCUUUCAUGUGCCAUCCAUUCCCUUUAAUUCAGAGCAUUGUGAAGUAUAAAUUAUUAUUAAUUACGAAGAAAGUAGAAAUCAUUGGAAGUCAUUCUAACAAAACAAUGUCCUCCAGGAAAUUUCUUUGAGCCAGCUGUUUUACAGUAAUUCCACAUAUAAUUCUUUUUUGUUAAAUCCUUGAUCUCUCAAAUGAAAGUAGGACUGAUAGUUGAGGAUUCUUUUUGUGUACUUACAAAAUAUAUCUGAGGAAUGUGCAUAUGCUCUGAGUGUAACUAGAAGAACACCCAUGGGGGGGUGCCCGUAACAGUUACCUCUUGUCUGUCGCUUUUUCUGUGCUGUUCUAAGGAACAGUGGCAGCUUUCCUUAAUUUCUGUGAUCUUUCUUAUUGGUAAGACUGGUUAGUCAUGAUGUGAUUUUAAGAGAUACUUUACUGAUUGGAUAAUGCAGGUCAUUACAAUUAAAUAAGUGCAAUUACUAAAAAGUCAAAGCAAGUCUCCCUCUUCCAAAUUGCCUUGUGAGCAUUUUCUCAAUUAUCUGAUCCAGUGUUGGAUCACUAGAAAACUAAAGUCAACUAGAGUUUGACAAAACAGUUUUGAUUAUAAAGCUUUGCUUUGGAGUUGCUGGUUUUGCACAUAUCUAUGUAUUAUUUUUACUUAACUCCUUUGGAAGUUACUUUACAACCUGACCAUUGAUGGGCGCUGGAAAAUAUUUGAAUGUUGAUUGCACAUUUCCCUGUUUCACUGGUCAACACAGAUCUGUUCUGUGUACUGCACAUCUUGUUUUUCUGAUGUUUCAGAAGAGUCUUUUGGUUAAACUUAUAAUUUUAAAGACAUUAAAGGACAUAAGAAAAAUAAUA